AUGUCCGAAGGACCCUGUAACACGAGAGCGAGAAGCUUUAAAGCGAGGACAGGCGAGCACGAGCUCCUUGAUGGGCUGAAGCAGCGAUGGAGAGGCCUCGGCGCCGACAAUAACGAGUUCCAAAAUGACGGCUUGCAAUGUGCUGGUUACCACAUCGCGAAGCACGACGAGGAAAACGCGAUCGCACGCGCGGGAAUCACGGACCGAAGCGCUGCGAUAAGGAGAACCUGCAGCGAAGCUGCGGCUCAGCUUCACGCCGCACUACCCGGCGACGGUUCCUCCGACAUCCUCCGUCGAGAGGCUCGUACCGCGGUGGUCGAUCCGUCUCCGUCUACGUCUGCUCCAUCCGCGGGUGAAGUCCCUCCGCCGUUCAAGCCAUGGAGAACGAGCCGGCAUCCAAACCAAAAGCGGCCGACUCAGCACGGUAGUGUGGAUCAGCGACCGCCGCUGGCGCAGCAGCCGUGUCGGCCGAAGCACUAUCAACCCGAUGAGCGUCGUCUGUACGAACAGCAGCCACUAGAGACUCAGCAGCAGCAGCAGGAGUUGCGGCGGAUAGGCGUGUCAGGACCCCGGUCCCUCUACAGGAGCGAAAGCGCGUUUCCCGCGCUUUUUCUCGAGCAGAUUGACGGCGACAGCGCUGACAGACCGUCGGAUCAUGCUGACGUGGCGGGCGGCCUUGGUGGCCGUCAGCAAUUGGAGGAGAGUGUCGGUCGCACGGUGUCGCUCGAGCAGUCCGCCCUCGAGGCCCUCGCAGCGCCGUUCAAAGUUCCCCACACCCCUCCGCGCGCACGCGGCAUCAGCGCCAGGCCUUCCCCCGUUCCCCCGAUCGUCAUCAGUCCGGCUGUGCGCGCCUCUGCGGAUUCUUUCGCCAACCCCCGCGUCUCUUCCCCCAGCCUCCGCCCGCUCGUUUUCUCCCCCCCAGUCUCAUCCCCCGCGCGCGGAACCUCCCCGUUCGGACCAGCGUUGGUGCGGGAGACAGUCUCUACAGUGGAGCUGAGCGCGCGGGGGGACGCGGGGAGCUAUGCAGGGGGAAUAUUGGGGGAAGAGGGGGACGGCGCGGAGGAGGGGGAGCGGGAGUUCACGCGGCACGUGUUGGGGCGGCCGUACGCGGAGCUUGAGGCGCGGUAUGAGGUGGCGGAGGGGGAGCUGGGGCGGGGGAAGGUGGGCGCGCUGCGCGCGUGCAGGUGCCGCGCGACUGGGCGGCAGUUCGCGUGCAAGACCAUCAGCAAGGCCGCCAUGAUUGUGAGUGCCAUCGUUAGUGUUAGUGAUAGUACAUUUCCCAUUGCUCGCAUCGCGUGCAAGGCCAUCAGCAAGGCCGCCAUGAUUUGUGAGGCGGAGUGUGACGAGGUGCGGAGGGAGGUGCAGAUGAUGCAGCGCGCGCGCGGGCACCCGCGCAUAGUCAGCAUGCACGAGGCGCUCGAAGACGCGCGCGCCGUCCACAUCAUCAUGGAGCUCUGCCACGGUGGCGAGCUCUUCCACCGCAUCGUGACACGUCAGCGCUACAGCGAGCCCGCGGCCGCCAGCGUGGCGCGCCAGCUGGCGUCGGCGCUGGCGUUCCUGCACGCGCGGGGAGUGGCGCACCGGGACGUGAAGCCGGAGAACAUUCUGCUGUGCUCGCGCGCGGACGACACGAGCAUCAAGCUCACCGACUUUGGGGCCGCCGCGCUGCUGCUGCCUGAGAACAUUCUGCUGUGCUCGCGCACUGACGACACGAGCAUCAAGCUCACGGACUUUGGAGCCGCCGCGCUGCUGCUGCCUGAUAGGUGUUUUCCCCCACCCAGUUCUCUCCACCCAUUCCCGUCACCCCAUUCCCCCCUACCCCAUUUCCCUCACCUUAUUCGCCUCCGCCCACUCUCCAUUCCCCCUUCCCGCCCAACCUCUCCUCCCCUCCCAUUGCCUUCCGCCCAUUCCCCUCUUCAUAUCCUCUCCACCAUCCCUCUCCAACCAAGCCCUUUCCCCCAUCCCGCUCCAGCCCAUCCCCCGCCAUCCAUCCCCCACUCCCCAUUCCCCUUGGUAUCCACCCCUCACUACACUCGCACAAUGCAUAGAGCCAGUGGGCUCGCCCUGUUGCUCAGCCCCCGAGGUGCUGACAGAGCAGUAUUCAGGCCCCCAACCAUCCUUCUGCGCACCCCUCACUACACUUGCAGCACAAUGCAUAGAGCCAGUGGGCUCGCUGUAUUGCUCAGCGCCCUAGGCACACAGUGCACCGAGCGAGUGGGCUCGCCCUACUACUUAGCCCCUGAGGUGCUGACAGAACAGUAUGGGUUGCAGGCGGACGUGUGGAGUGCAGGGGUGGUGCUCUUUGUCCUGCUCUCGGGCUCGCCGCCCUUCUUCUCCCCGUUCACCUGUGCCUGUUUCUUUCUCCCCAAACCCGCUGCACACCCCUUCCCUCCAGGCACACAGUGCACAGAGAGGGUAGGCUCGCCCUACUACUUAGCCCCUGAGGUGCUAUCAGAGCAGUAUGGGUUGCAGGCGGACGUGUGGAGCGCGGGGGUGGUGCUCUUUGUCCUGCUCUCGGGCUCGCCGCCCUUCUUCUCCCCGUUCACCUGUGCCUGUUUCUUUCUCCCCAAACCCGCUGCACACCCCUUCUCUCCAGGCACACAGUGCACCGAGCGAGUGGGCUCGCCCUACUACUUAGCCCCUGAGGUGCUGACAGAACAGUAUGGGUUGCAGGCGGACGUGUGGAGUGCAGGGGUGGUGCUCUUUGUCCUGCUCUCGGGCUCGCCGCCCUUCUUCUCCCCGUUCACCUGUGCCUGUUUCUUUCUCCCCAAACCCGCUGCACACCCCUUCCCUCCAGGCACACAGUGCACAGAGAGGGUAGGCUCGCCCUACUACUUAGCCCCUGAGGUUCUAUCAGAGCAGUAUGGGUUGCAGGCGGACGUGUGGAGCGCGGGGGUGGUGCUCUUUGUGCUGCUCUCCGGAUCGCCACCCUUCUCUGGCCGCUCCAACGACGAGAUCUUCCAGGCCGUCCGAUGCAAGGAGAUCGACCUCGCGAGCAAGCCCUGGCCGUCGAUCUCGGAGGGAGCGAAGGAUCUCGUCCGUCGGAUGCUCACGAGGGACCCUGAGGCGAGGAUCACCAUGAAAGAAGUGCUCGGUGAGUGGGUGGGCUGCUUAGGGUAG